CAUCUGAUGUGCGGGCAGCUCAACAACAGCUCAUGACGCCCACUGUAGCCUCUAACAAGCAGCGCAAGCUCGCAGUGCCUAAAUUUCUCAACCCCUUCUCCACUUCCGCUCAGCCCGGUAGUGCUGAGCACCGUGGUACCGAUGCGACAGACGACUCGGCGAGGGAGAAGGGAGCCGAUAGGGAGGGCUCCAAUUUGUCUCUACCUCAGCUCAAGCUAAAUCAACUUUCGACCUUCGUCUUUGGCAAUAGAAGAAGAAGCUCAGGUGAUGGCUCCACAGACCACGAUGACCCGGUCGAAGAGGAAGAUGCAGAAGUCGCAGCGCACCUGGAGCCCGAGUACUUCUCCCUAUUAUCACCAACCCUAGAAGACCCUUCCUCCCCCAACACGCCUAUGCUGGCAGACAUACCAGGUCUGCAGCGGACCAUGUCCGUGCUGAGCACAAGUACUCUCACGCAGGUGGUUUCCGGCACACAGGAAUUGCCGCAUGUCCCGAGCUCAUACCGGGUACCGACUGCCAAGCAGGCCUUUUACGAUACGCAUAUGGGCUCUUCUUCUGGCUGGACCAGCUUGAAGGGCAAGGCCGAUACUGUCCUCCGGCCAUUUGGAGGUGGCACUGAUCAGGCGCGACGUAAGAGUGCAGACAAGGCUGGUAAGCAUGACGAGCGGGGCGUCUCACCUGCGCGUAUGGCCCAGAGUCAACCGCCGAGCCAAGACACACCGAAUGGGCACGGGGCCUCUGCCAAUGCGACUAGCAAGCAGCCGAAGACUGGCUGGACUAGCUACCUACCCAGUGAUAUCCUCCCCUCCGUCACUGGCAUCUCCAUCUUCGGCUCCUCCUCCACUCCUGCCCAUACGCAGAAUGACCUCGACGUGAUCCCAGUCAUUGGUCCGCGGCAUCAUCGAGCCUCAGAAUUCUUCAACGACGUCAAGGGAUACAAUGUGGUCAUCUUGGGAGGAUAUCGAGGCUCUGUUUUACGAGACGCAAAGACUCAUCAGAUGCUCUGGAUCCCUCUUAAGGUCGGCACGGGCUUCCGGCGGCCGGUCCUUGAGCUCGGGCUCAGUCCAUCAGCCGAGGACAACGCGACAGAUCUGAUUGAGCCUGACGAAUCGCUCUCGCGUAUUGGGAGGAUGGUCGAUAUGAGCUCUCGACUGCAAGCAAAGCUUGCUCGAAAGGGAGCCAACGUCUACCCGUGGGGUUUCGACUGGCGGCUCUCACUCGGACAGUCCUCCAAGCGACUUCGCAAAUUCUUGGAAGAGCUAUACGAAGCUUCUUCAGACGAUCCAAAAGAACGCAAGGGAGCAAUCGUCGUUGCCCACUCCAUGGGAGGUCUGGUAGCUCUACACGCCCUGUCUCAAGCAUCUGACCCACGUGUCUUCCACACCCUCUCCUUUGGUUCCACUCCCUUCCUCGGAACACCCAAUAUCCUCGGCCCCCUGGCAUACGGAGAUGCAGCCCUCUACAAUACGACCAUCUGUUCCCCUCGCUCGACCUUUUCCUGGCGAUCCACCUUCUACCUUCUGCCACGCGAUAAGCUCUGUUUCGAGACGGAGUCUGGUGAGCGGAAAGAAGUAGACUUUCUCGACUUGAAGCUGUGGGAAUGGGCGGGUUUGAGUCCUGUUGUGAGGAGCACUAGACGCUGGCAGGAGAGGCAGCGCUCCCAGGCUGCAGACCGACCUAAGACUGACAAGCCGAGACAGUCGGCCGAGUCGGGGAAGGAUGACCGUCAGAAGGAGGCAGAGCUGGCUGACAAUGCUCAGGGCCCUGGCGAUGUACCAGGAGCUGCACCGAUCGACGGUCCUGCCCUCCGCAAACCGCGCACAAAUGACGAGGAGGGCAGCCAGGGUAUGCAGACUUCAGCAUCCAUUUCCAGUGCUACUCAGGAGGGUCUGCUUGCUGCGCAACAUGUCGCUCAGGGCGCAGAGGAUAUGGCCACUGGUGCAGAGACGGACGAGACACAGGCGCUAAGUGCUGAGAAUCAAGAGGAGCCGGCUGCAAGUAGCGGCAGGGCAGAUGGUCCAUCUGAGGUGGCUGAAGACGAGAUUUGGGACUAUUUGAAGCGGACUUUGCAAGAGGUCCGUACGUUCGACGAGGAGAUCAACUCCGGCUUCGACGAAGACAAGCUCGCAAGAGGUCUCUAUCCACCGAUUACCAUGCUGACGUCUGGAAGGACUCCCACAACUCGCGGAGCACUCGUGGAGGGAGGCUCUCACGGUGAUGCAACGAGCUUAUCCAGCGGGACAGGCCCCCAAUCUAAUGGUCUUCCUCCUCCACCACCUUUGGGCUCGGCUGCGAAGGAUGACUCUCCUGCGGCAGACUGGCGUUCGAGUGUACGCUCAUCGGACUACAGUCGUAUGCUGUACGGCAAAGGAGACGGUGUCAUCACCUUACGCUCCUCUACUAGCAUCCCAGGGGGAUGGAAGAAGUGUCUGGUCACCGACGACAAAGAGGCCAGUAGCAGUAGUAGCGAUGCAGGAGAUGAAGGUUGGGCUUGGUUGACGGAGAGCUCGCAUCGACAUGUGAGCUUGUUCAGUGAUGUGGAUGGUAUUGGUCGAGCUAUUUGGAUUGCUAUGCGUAAGAGGCAGCGGACGAGGGUAAAUGAGCGUGAGAGGUAGAGGAAGAGGUAGAGGUAGAGGUACAUUGUCAGGUUCGGUGUAUCAUAGACUAGCACGGCAACGAUAAAGCAGCAUAGACGCAAAUUUCUGCUCCCACUUCUGUACUCACACUGAGCGCAGCACAUCGUCAGUCCAGCUUACUCCUCG